AUGUCGUUUGCACCCAUUUUCACCGAUAAAACUAUACCCAAAAUUCCUGACAAAGAAAGCAAGGGGGACAAAGCCUUCCCCUCUUUGUUCAGCCGCCAUCCCCCCUAUCUGAACAUUCUCUCGUCUCUACCAUUUCUCCCCUCUUUAACCACCCAUCGCAAGAAAACAAAGGGGAUCCGCCCCCCUCUCCUUUUCUUUUGUUCUCUCUCUCUCUCUCUCUCUCUCUCUCUCUCUCUCUUCUGUCUCUCUCUCUCUCUCUUCUCUCUUCUGUCUCUCUCUCUUUCUCUCUCUCUCUUUCUUUGUUCCACCCUUUUUGACGCUCUGCCUUCUCAUCUAUCGACGCAGUUUCGCCAGCCCUUGCUGGUCAUUCCCCCCCUUCCCAAAGCGUUGCUUUGACCGUAUCUUUUUCGCAAACAACGUCAGUCCCCUUUUAUCACAGACACCAUCAUGCAGACGAUCAAGUGUGUCGUGGUUGGUGACGGUGCGGUCGGCAAGACCUGCCUGCUGAUUUCCUACACCACCAACAAGUUCCCCAGUGAAUACGUUCCCACGGUGUUCGACAACUAUGCCGUCACGGUGAUGAUCCGUGGCGAGCCUUACACGCUCGGCCUGUUCGAUACCGCUGGUCAAGAGGAUUAUGAUCGUCUCCGCCCCCUCUCGUAUCCCCAGACCGACGUCUUCCUGGUCUGCUUCUCCGUUGUCUCCCCUGCCUCGUUCGAAAACGUCAAGGAAAAGUGGGUGCCUGAGAUUCAGCAUCAUUGCCCCAAGACCCCUUUCUUGCUCGUCGGUACCCAGGUCGAUCUUCGGGACGACUCCACUUGGGUUGAUAAGUUGGCCAAGAACAAGCAGCGACCCAUUACCCUUGAGCAGGGUGAGAAGCUGGUCAAGGAGCUCAAGGCUGUCGAGUACGUCGAGUGCUCGGCUCUGACACAAAAGGGCCUUAAGAACGUCUUUGACGAGGCUAUCUUGGCGGCCCUCGAGCCCCCCGUGCAAGAGAAGAAGCGUGGUUGUGUCUUGCUCUAAAUCGGGAGACCGUACCAUCAUGUUUCCCUUUUUUUAGUUGCUAAAAGUGUCUUGUGUGAUUGACAACAAACUAUUUGUUCUCCCCUUUCCCUCUUUUGCUUCCUUCACCUACUUGUUUGUUGAUUGCCUCUCCCCUGCUCGACCCUACGACAUAUUCCUUUGCAUUUCUGCGCUGUCUUUCCUCCUCUUCUUUCUUGCCCAUGUUGUUCUCCUUUACACCCCCACCUCGCUGUCUGUGGUGUCGAUGCUUUUGUGGAUCACCCGCCUUUGUGUGGCAUUUUUGCCCUCCCACCUCCCACCUCCAGUGUGUUGUUGCGUCUCGCGUUCUCGUGUUGAUUUGAUGUGGUCUCUUUCCUUUUUCUCUUUUUGAUUGUUUGGUGUGUUUAUGCACAGUCGCGCCUCUCCAACGGCGCGCACGUUGACUGAUUUCUCCUGUUGACAAAAGGUGGGGGGAUGACAUGUGUGACUGGCGCUUGCAUGCACCGAGCAUAUGUUCCCACCACGCUUCAAUGACGGGCACUCGCCGUGCGGAAGCCCGCUUGCCCAACGAUCAAAAUGAAUUCAGCGUUAAUGGCGCGCAACUCCUUUCUAAUGCUUCACGUCUUCCCUCGUGCCAACUUCAACGUGAGUCACCCUCUUCAAGUCCAAACUUAUGUUGGUGGGAAUGGUUCACCGUGGCGGAGAUUGAGCAGUGAAGUCGUUGGUCAAAGUGGGGGUUCAGCGAUUGCGUUGUUCGAUUUACGCCCAACUGGGGCUAAGGAAGAGUGUUAUAGUUAAAAUAGAGCUCAGCUCAUGACCGUCUGCAUACUUGCACACAUGAAAGGGGGGGUGGGCAGGAGAAAGAAGGCAAGUCUCGUGUGGCAAGGGCAGAGGGGGCUGACACUGGAAUAGAGUGAAGAAAAAAAAUAAUCAUGCAUGAUCACCAAGAACAAAAGGAGACAAAACAGUCCACACACAUCAAUCGAGGAAUAGAGAUGAAGGCAAGGCGGCACGGGAAUGUGGCGGUGUGAGCUAGACCUCAGACGUGACGAUGGUUCCCAGAAAAUCAUCGCCCUGUUGCAUGGGAAGAGGUGGACUGGCUCGUUGAUCGCUGGGAGAUGCUGGCUUUGUGUCAGUCGCGUGCUUGAAGCUUGAAGCAGAUGAUUGAAAAGGAGACUGAAAAGGGGUGGCUCCAAAGGCAUUGGUUCCCUGGGGGCGGGAAAGAAAGGCAUUGGGCAUGCUGGUAUUGAAAGCCGAAGGUAUUUGGGACGGUUGAGCGGCUGACUGAGCUGUGGGGGCUGAAAAGGCCGAGUGAAAGCCCCCUUGGCUGCUUUGAGCACCCGAUGGCUCAGUCGCACUUUGGUGUGAGGUGCUUUUGGGCAUCAGGUGUGCAAAGCUGUUUGAGGGGGCACCAAAAGGACCAUCAAACUGUUUGGCGUCCGUUGAGGAGGCGUCCAAGCUCAGUCUCUCAAGCGAAGCGGCAUAGUGUUGGGUCUCAUCCUGGGUGCUGUGGGACCUGGCCUGCAAGCUGGAAGGGAUGGCGUGCGCACUUGGGGCUUGAGGCGUGUAGUUGCUCGCCUGCGCGGCCACGACGGGCGACGGGCGUUUCUUUUUCAAAUGUUGUUGAAGACGAGAGUUCCGAACCUCUGCGUCGGGAAAGGGCUCAAGGCCCCGGGCACUGUCGAGCCGGAUGGAGUAGGGCGGGGAAGAAAAGAGGGGGUUGGUGCGAAAGUGAUCGACCAGUUGCUGAACCGUGUGAAAGUUCUGAUCGUUCAUGGUGUAGACCAAGGUUGGAGGAGCGCCGUGGCUGGGCUGAAUGAUGUGGGGUUUGAUGGAUAUGUGGCGGAC